CGCGUAUAAAGCGCAGCGAGCCUCGCGGGCACGAGAGGAGGAGUUGCGGCAAGGUCGCGCAGCAUCACGGCGCACAUUAGCCACGGAAAGCGCGAUUCACGGACAUCUUCUGGGUCUUUAAGGUCCCUGUGAGCGUACACUCCGAGGAUAUUUCACUGAGCGCGUUAAACUCGUCAGGAGUUUCUGACUGGAAGUGCUGCUGAUCUCAAUUUGCAUCCGCAUGUGCGCGUCGCGCUGCGGGUUCGGAGGAAAGCGCGGCGCGUUAUUUUAGUCUUCCUGCAGAAUCCGUGUCUGCGUUCAGUCACAUCCAUCGGCUCUUCAGCACUUUUAACCGAUAGUAUCAGCUUUUGGAAAGCUUUUCUAAAUCGUCAUGUCGGCAUCACCUCCGCCUUUCGCCGGCCCGGGCGACUCUCUCUCCGCGCCUGAGCCUGACGCGCUCCAUCCCGCCGGUCCCACACCGAGCCAGAGCCGCUUUCAGGUGGACCUGGUGUCCGAAUCCGCCGGGAACGGGCAUACCCACGACGCCUCCGACUCAUCCCCGCCCGCGUACGACGCCGAGCCGCCAUCCGACGCGCGUCGGGACUCUGCGGCGGGCGGCGAGGAAGCCAAGGGCCGGUUUCGGGUUGUGAACUUCGCGGCCUCGAGCCCGGACGCCGCGCCGGCGGACAUCGCGCAGAACGGGGACACGGUGAUGAGCGAGGGGAGCUUGCACUCCUCCAGCGGCGGCCAGCACCACCACCACUACGACACACACACCAACACAUACUACCUCCGCACCUUUGGGCACAACACCAUCGACGCCGUGCCCAACAUAGACUUCUACCGGCAGACCGCGGCUCCGCUGGGCGAGAAGCUGAUCAGACCCACCCUCUCCGAGUUGCACGACGAGCUCGACAAGGAGCCGUUUGAGGAUGGGUUUGCUAAUGGCGAAGAGCUGACCCCUGCCGAGGAGGCCGCUGCUAAAGAGGCAUCCGAGUCCAAAGGGGUGGUGAAGUUUGGCUGGAUCAAAGGAGUGCUGGUGCGCUGCAUGUUAAACAUAUGGGGUGUGAUGCUCUUCAUUCGAAUGACAUGGAUCGUGGGCCAGGCUGGAAUUGCAUACUCCUGCGUCAUUGUUAUAAUGGCAACGGUGGUGACGACCAUCACAGGCUGCUCGACGUCUGCCAUCGCAACCAACGGCUUUGUACGAGGAGGUGGCGCGUAUUACCUGAUCUCUCGAAGCCUGGGCCCAGAGUUUGGCGGCUCCAUCGGCCUGAUCUUCGCCUUUGCCAACGCUGUGGCUGUGGCCAUGUACGUCGUUGGCUUUGCAGAGACUGUUGUAGAGCUGCUCGCUAGUUCUGGUGCACUCAUGUUCGAUCAGAUUAAUGACGUGAGAAUCAUUGGGACCAUUACGGUGAUCCUGCUUCUGGGCAUCUCAGUGGCCGGCAUGGAGUGGGAGGCCAAGGCUCAGAUAUUCCUCUUGGUCAUUUUGGUUACUGCCAUUUUCAACUACUUUAUUGGGUCCUUCAUCCGUGUUGAGUCCAAGGAGAGAUUUGGCUUCUUUGGCUAUGAUACUGGCAUCUUUGCGGAUAACUUUGGCCCAGACUUUCGAGGAGAAACGUUUUUCUCUGUUUUUUCCAUCUUCUUCCCGGCAGCCACGGGCAUUUUGGCUGGUGCCAACAUCUCAGGAGAUCUAGCAGAUCCUCAACUGGCCAUCCCGAAAGGAACACUUCUGGCUAUUCUCAUCACGGGCCUCGUGUACAUUGGUGUGGCCAUUUCUGCAGGUGCUUGCAUCGUGAGGGAUGCCACAGGCAUUGAGAGGAACGAUACUUUGACUGGUAUUGUAAACUGCACUGAUGCGGCCUGUAAGUUCGGCUAUGACUUCAAUUCCUGCAAACAAAUGGUUGAGGGAGGGAAGUCUCCCUGCAAGUUUGGCCUUCACCAUGACUUUCAGGUCAUGAGUGUGGUGUCGGGCUUCAGUCCGCUCAUCACAGCGGGGAUCUUCUCUGCGACCCUCUCCUCCGCCCUGGCGUCUCUCGUCAGCGCCCCGAAAGUGUUCCAGGCUUUAUGCAAAGACAAUAUCUAUCCUGGAAUCGGUGUUUUUGGGAAGGGCUACGGCAAGAACAACGAGCCCUUGCGAGGAUAUUUACUCACUUUUGGCAUUGCCUUGGCCUUCAUUCUCAUUGCGGAGUUGAACGUCAUCGCCCCAAUCAUUUCCAACUUCUUCCUGGCAUCAUAUGCCCUCAUCAACUUCUCCGUGUUUCACGCGUCACUGGCCAAUUCCCCAGGAUGGAGGCCGAGCUUCAAGUACUACAACAUGUGGGCGUCUCUCGCUGGGGCAAUCCUAUGUUGUGUCGUCAUGUUUAUCAUCAACUGGUGGGCGGCCCUCUUGACCAACGUCAUUGUCUUAUCUCUCUACAUCUACGUCAGCUACAAGAAACCAGAUGUGAACUGGGGCUCGUCCACUCAAGCUCUGACCUAUCAUCAGGCCCUGACACACAGUUUACAGCUGUGCGGAGUAGCGGACCACAUCAAGACCUACAGGCCUCAGUGUCUGGUGAUGACUGGAGCACCGAACUCACGACCAGCCAUUCUUCAUCUUGUUCAUGCCUUCACCAAGAAUGUGGGUCUGAUGGUGUGCGGUCAUGUGCGCAUCAGUUCUCGGCGGCCCAACUUUAAAGAGUUGAACAGUGAUAUGGUGCGCUACCAGCGGUGGCUCCUCAACAACAACUCCAAAGCCUUCUACACACCUGUGGUGGCUGAAGACCUACGGCAAGGCACACAGUACCUGCUGCAGGCUGCUGGACUGGGUAGAUUGAGGCCCAACACUCUGGUGCUUGGUUUCAAAAACGACUGGCGUAUUGGAGAUGUAAAGGAUGUUGAGACCUACAUAAACCUAAUACACGAUGCGUUUGAUUUUCAGUACGGUGUUGUCAUUCUCAGACUGCGAGAGGGACUCGAUAUUUCUCACAUUCAAGGCCAAGAUGAAUCUUCAGGUCUGAAGGAUGUGGUGGUUUCGGUUGACAUGAGUAAAGACUCGGAUGGAGACUCGUCUAAACCCUCCUCCAAGGCCACCAGUGUCCAGAACAGCCCAGCCGUGCAGAAAGAUGAGGAUGAUGAUGGCAAAGCUCACACACGGCCGCUGUUGAAGAAAGAUAAACGGAGCCCGACGCUUCCUCUGAACAUGAUGGACCAGCGGCUGUUGGACGCAAGUCAGCAGUUCCAGCAGAAGCAGGGCAAGGGCACGGUUGACGUUUGGUGGCUCUUUGAUGAUGGGGGUCUGACUCUGCUGAUCCCUUAUCUCAUCGCCAACAAGAAGAAAUGGAAGGACUGUAAGAUCCGCGUGUUCAUUGGAGGAAAGAUCAACCGGAUCGACCACGACCGCAGAGCCAUGGCCACAUUGCUCAGCAAGUUCAGGAUCGAUUUCUCUGACAUCACUGUCCUGGGCGACGUCAAUACAAAGCCCAAGUCAGAGGGUCUGACAGAGUUUGCUGAGAUGAUCGAGCAGUAUAAACUGAGAGAAGACGAUAUGGAGCAGGACGCGGCUGAGAAGAUGAAGAGCGAAGAACCCUGGAGAAUCACUGACAACGAGCUGGAGCUCUACAAAGCCAAGAGUAACCGUCAGAUCCGGCUGAACGAGCUGUUGAAGGAGCACUCCAGCACAGCCAACCUCAUAGUCAUGAGCAUGCCGCUGGCCAGGAAAGGAGCCGUGUCCAGCGCUCUGUAUAUGGCCUGGCUGGACACACUCUCUAAAGACCUGCCGCCCAUCCUGUUAGUGCGCGGGAACCACCAGAGCGUCCUCACCUUCUACUCGUAGAGCGCACAAACACACACACACACAAACACACACACACUAAUACAACACAUCUUAUGAUGACGACAGACGCUCCUCACCGAAGCGGACACCAGAGUGGCUCUCUCCUCUACGCCCACAGGAGAGCUCACAGACACACACACACACACACAGAGCACAUCUGAUGAUGAUGAUGAUGAUGACGACAGACGCUCCUCAACGAAGCGGACACCAGGGCAGCUCUCUCUGCUGGUGUCCACUGUCUUCAGCUCACCGUUUCUGAGCACAUGUUACACUGAUUGUUGUUAUCAUUGUUAUCAUUACUAUGACUGUCACAACUUUCUGAGUUGUGGAUUUAUUUUUCCUUUUUCGUACUUUUUAAUUUGCUCUUGAUAAAGCAAUAAUCACCUGAUUUCUUAUUUUCUCACUUUGAAGAAAAAAAUCGGUUCUGUGCAACACUUUUCUAGCCUUGUGGAUGUGCCUUCCUGUGUGAUCUUAUUACAUACUUACAUUUUUCCCUGACUGGUGAUUUAUGAUCUAGAUUUUAGGCUGUUUAUUGGGUUGUAAAUGUAAAUCUUCCUUGAUUUGAUCACGCUUGGACACGAGUGGACUGAGGUCUCCACUGGGCAGCAUUAGAAAAUACUUUCUGGCUUUUUUUGUAGUCCGUUUUUUUUUUUUUUAUUAUUAUUCUUCUGUUGUUUUUUUCUUCAAAGUUUUACGUCUUCCUUUAAGCAUUGAAUGAGUUGUGGUGUUAGCUCCUCCAUGUUCUCCAUUGAUAGACCUGAACUACGGGUGAUUUUUACAAUCAUCUUUCACGUAGUCUUAUGUAAAAAGUCAGAACUUUAACAAAACUAUAUUAGUUUUCCCUUGUGUACAGUUGAACAGUUUUUGGUUUGACGAAGAGAGGCUGAUGGAUGAGUGCUGUCUGAAGGAAUCGGAUCCUUUCAAACCAACAAUGAACCAAAAGAAGCAAAGCCCUGGAGUCACAGAAGACCUUUGCCUUAACAGAUGAAGUAAGGAUUGUAGUUUUUACUCGUCGUCGUCUUCAGCCACACUGGCUAGCUGUAGAUUAUAGAUGACAGAUGGACUAAUGCCUGAACGAGAAUGUAAUCCUGGCCGUCUAGGAAAGCUCUCCAUCUUUCCACUUUCCUAGUUUUAUAAAGCCGUCUGGAAUUGUACGUUAGUACCGUGCUAAAGCACCAUCUUCCUCUCUCACGGACAGCAUGUUUCCUGCGCUGAAUGAAGCUGAUUCGUUCCUCUAUGCAGGUGGACUGCGUGCGACUCGUUGAAAUAUUGUAAUCUAAACUCAGGAUCGAGAGCCGGGUUCAUCUUUAAUGUUGGAGACGUCUGACGUCCAGGAUUUAGUCUGUCCUGUUCUGAAUGUUAUCUGUUCGUCCGGUUGGUUUUUGUGAUUGAAUGCUGGGAUGUGACAAGAUGUUUGAUGUAUGGCCCAUCAUGCCUUAUUUUAGAGCGGUCCGUAACUGAAGCGUUGGUCAGUUUAGUGUCAUAUAGAGUGUCUUUGGUUUGGUCACACUUUGAAUCUGGUUCCCAACACUAAUAGUUUGCAGGCGCAGUUUGUUUCAGCUCUGUGUGUGUUAUAUUCAAGCGAUUCAGAGCCCUGCCAUUUUACCUGAGAAAUAAUCCAUGUGACGAAUAUAUUCACAUUUAUAGAUCUCAAUAUAAGCGAAUAUUUAAAAGUGAAAUGUGUGUGCGCACCGCAUGUGUUUUCAUUUGAAGUGGGUGAAGUUGGUUAAGCUGAUGGUACAAUCUCACCUGUUGAAAAUGUGUCGUUUGUUCGGGUGAACGAGUGCUGUACAUACACACCGACGUACGACAAAUUCACCAGUUCAACUCCUACCUGUUCACUUCAACAAUUAGAACACUUGUGUAUUAUAUGUAGAUCUAGAAAAGAAAGCGUGUGUGUUUCUCAGCAAUGUAGAAGUGCAUUAGCUGCUGCUGUAGGGUCCACACCACGAGGUGCUCUACAAGUGCCUCAGCGGCCGGCUGGUUCUCUGGAGAUGGAGACGGUGGCGUGUCACAGCAUCUCUCGUCCUGCAGAAUGUGUUGCCAAAGUCUGUCUCAAGAUUUCUCAGUAGCUUAUCGUGUGAAAAUGAGUUAACACAUCAAGGUCAACGAGUUCCAGCUCUAGUUCACACUAUACUUCCUUACUAACUUGUAAAUAUCUUUUAACCUAACCAGAUUAAUCAAAGGAGUGGAGUAAUAACAAAUUAAUAUGGUGAAAUUAUUUAUUACAGGUUGUUUUUUUGUUUCUCUUAUGUUACAGUAGUUUUUAAGAUGUUUUUUUUUUUAGUCUGCACAAUCUUUUUCUUUUUCAAUGUUUGGUCACAUUUCUAUCUUUUAUAUGCCUUUUAAUGAAAUGCUCUGUUGACCGAUGGUUUGAGUUUCCUGCUAAACAUGAGGGUGGUUCUGAGUGAUCGUGCUGGAACAGUAAUGUUUUGAUAUACUGUACUGCUGUUUGUCACAUGCUUUUUUCUAACAUUUUAACGGUUAAGGGUAUUGAUGCUUUGUACAUCUUUAUUGCAAUAUAUAAAAAUAAACAAAUGAUAAUCAGUU